AUGGCCCCUGGUUCAUCUGUCGAAGACCGCCGGCGGGAGCGAAUUGCUCAAUCACUGGAGAAUGGUAAACUCCACUACAGCCUGGGAGAGCUUGGAAAAGCCGCGGCAUGCUUCAAGCGUGCCAUCAAUGCCUGCGCCUGUGGCAUGCAGCUCAGAGACACGGUGUGUAUCUGCAAGAAUAUCCUCGAUGCAAUUGAGGACGGAAAUCUGGAGGACGCACUCAAGAAGAAGUGUAUCUGCUCGGCAAAGUCUACCAGACACUGCUACGACCCUCACCACAUGAAUGCCCUCAACUAUCUUGCUGCCGUGUGUGAAAAGCAGGAAAAACUUGACCAGGCCUCAAUCCAUGGGCAGAACCUCAUCACCAUCGCGCCGUAUGAAGCUAAGGGCUACCUCCGCCUGGCGAAGGUUCUGCGCUUGCAGACAGAGGCGAGUCUUGCCAUUGCUACAUACCAGGAAGGCAUUUACAUCAUCUCGCAAAAGGACAAGUACGAUGGUUCUCUGCCGACAAUGCACCAGAUGAUGACGAGAGUUAAAAAGUCAAUCCGGUUUGACUUUGUCCAACGUCUGCCCAUUGAAAUCAGCACAGCCAUUUUUGAGCUUGCCGGUUUUCGCGCUACGUGCCGUUGUCUACGAGUCUCGACGACCUGGAAGAAGUAUCUCACCAACACUGGUGAGAUGAAGAGACUGUGGCAGGUACAAGCCUUCCGGGCUUGGAAACCAAAGGGUCCAAUCAAGACCCAGGCACUGGUGAAGUACGUGGCAUACGCUGACAAGCACGUGACUCACUUUUCCGUGGAAACUUGUACCGAGUUCAAGUUCGACAUGCAGAAACUGGCCGUCGUAUUUCAAGCAUGCCGCACUCUAGAGAACCUGAAGCUUCGGGUCCCUUGUUACCCCUCCAACAUACUUCCCAUCAGCAUACGGUACCCGCAACUGAGAAGAUUGUACCUGGGCCUUGGUGUAAAGGCCACCCGGGCCUUUGUCGAGGCGAUUGUCCAGGCGUCCGCAGAGACGCUAGAGGAGCUGUCGAUCUUUGAUAUCGACAGUAACAACGUCGCUGACGGCGAAGUGAUGCCACGAGAGUGGCCUCGCAUGGAGAACCUGAAAACACUAAGACUGUCCGCCGGAGGACGUCAGUGUCAGCUUACGCUGUCGGGCCUAAUGGUCAACACCCCGAACGUCGAAGAGGUCUGGUUCGAGGGUCUGGCGCUGUUCUUCUUGAACGAGCAUACCGGCUGGAAGAACGUCAAGAAGCUCUACCUCGGCGAAGGCGUGAGCAUUCCCGUGAUCGCUGGAGGAGCCCUGAUCAGCCCUAGUAUCCGCGAGCUCCAUCUUGCGGGAGGGGUCGUGCUUCAACUGUGCGGAUUUAGUCGGGCGAAUCACAACGCCUACACCGCGUGGCUACACGGCACUCACCCAAUCCACAGCAGCGUCAACUUCGCCAACCUGGCUCAGCUCGAGAAGCUCAGCCUACGCUACCUUGGCCCUGUUGGACCCGGCUACCUUGACUCUUGGGUUAAACCGAGCAUGGAGUCGGGCACUAUUAGGGAACUAGAACUCAAGAACUUCCCUUUCUCGAACUUCCCCGACGACCAGGACGGCGAAGAAAUCACAUGGUUCACCAGCAACAAGCUGACACACCUAGGCAUCACAGGCCUGACCCAGGAGGUCGGCUUUGCUAUCAAUAGCGCCGAGGAUUGGCUGGUGGAUUUCGUCGCUCGGUUCCCCUCCCUGAAGGGCCUCGAUAUUGGCCAGGAAUUGAUCAGUGACGCAACCUUGGGCACCAUCAUUAAGAUGGGUGUUAGAACCAUUUUCCAUCGCCAUGGGCGCUUUCAGGACGACGAGCUGGUGGCCUGGGCUGCACGACAAGGCAGCACCAUUGUCGACGGCCCUAACUUCUGGUCUGUCUCUCAGCACCCCGACCGCUGCCCGCCAUCGACCCGGGGAGGUUGGUAG